AAGCACUCUCUCUCUCUCUCUCUCUCUCUCUCUCUCUCUCUCUCUCUCCAUCUUCAAGUGUUCUCUUUGAGUUCUUCUUCUUAAUUACAAAAAUGCCAGCCAUUGCUAUUGGGAGAUUUGAUGACUCAUUUAGCAUGGGGUCUAUUAAGUCCUAUGUUGCUGAGUUCAUCUCAACCCUCCUCUUUGUUUUCGCUGGAGUUGGUUCUGCUAUAGCUUAUGACAAGGUGACAUCGGAUGCAGCCCUUGAUCCAUCGGGGCUAGUAGCCGUUGCUAUAUGCCAUGGAUUUGCUCUCUUUGUUGCAGUCUCCGUUGGGGCCAACAUUUCCGGUGGCCACGUAAAUCCAGCUGUCACCUUCGGAUUGGCUCUUGGCGGACAAAUCACCGUCCUCACCGGCAUCUUUUACUGGAUUGCACAACUUGUUGGUUCCAUUGUGGCAUGUUACCUACUCAAAUUUGUCACUGGAGGCUUGGCAAUUCCGACCCACAGCGUGGCGGCCGGUGUCGGAGCUGUUCAAGGUGUGGUCAUGGAGAUGAUUAUCACCUUUGCUUUGGUAUACACAGUGUAUGCCACAGCAGCUGACCCCAAGAAGGGUUCACUGGGCACAAUUGCACCCAUUGCCAUUGGUUUCAUUGUUGGUGCCAACAUCUUGGCUGCUGGCCCGUUCUCCGGUGGGUCAAUGAACCCGGCCCGCUCUUUUGGGCCAGCAGUCGUUAGCGGUGACUUCCACGAUAACUGGAUCUAUUGGGUUGGACCCCUCAUUGGAGGCGGGUUGGCCGGACUCAUCUAUCCAAAUGUAUUCAUGCAACAUCAACAUGCACCUCUUUCUGGUGACUUCUAAUUUGGUUGAGAAA